AUCAAACUGCUUCGAGGUACGAUUGGAUAUCUGCGAUGUCCCAUCGGAGAAGACGAAUCUCAUUGGUCAGGCGCUGUGUCUCGCGGAGGUGGGACCCAGGAAGUUGGUCUCAACUGGAAAGAAGGGACGGUGGCGAACUAUCAAGGGAGACCCAGUGUAGGAGAUGCGAGCAGCGUUGAGGCUGGCAGUAGUGGCAGUCCCUAUGGGUGUGCUGCUGUCCCGGACCAUGGCGUGGAUGUCCAGUGGCAAAACACAUGCAGAGCUUAUCAGCAGGCUGAGAGAUCAUGGGGUGAUCCGCAGCGACCAAGUGUUUGACGCCAUGCUGGCUACAGACAGAGGGAUCUACUCUACGGACUAUCCUUAUGCAGACUCCCCUCAGUCCAUUGGCUACAGGGCGACCAUCAGUGCACCACACAUGCAUGCUCAUGCUUUGGAGCUGUUAAGUGACAAACUAACUGAAGGAGCGUCAGCACUAGAUGUGGGUUCAGGAAGUGGAUAUCUCACUGCCUGCUUUGCGAGGAUGACAGGACCCAGUGGUAGAGUGGUUGGCAUCGAACACAUCGACGAACUGGUUCAGAGGUCGAUAAAAAAUGUGCAAGCUGACGACCCAGAGCUGCUCACAUCGGGACGCAUCAAACUUGUUGUGGGAGAUGGAAGACUCGGCUUCCCAGAAGGAGCGCCGUAUGAUGCCAUCCAUGUUGGUGCAGCAGCAGCUACUGUUCCUAAGGCUCUCUUGGAGCAGCUGAAGCCCGGCGGGCGGUUGGUUCUCCCAGUGGGCCCUGACGGUGGCAGUCAGGUGCUCGAGCAAUAUGACCGACAGAGUGAUGGGACCUUCCUCAAGAAAGCGUUGAUGGGAGUGAUUUACGUCCCGCUGACUGACAAGAGGCAUCAGUGGCCUGGAGGUGAGCUCUGACUGCAGUGUGGUUGCCCCUGCAGGAGGUGGCGUUGGUGCUGCAUCUCCGGGGCCCCCUAGCACUUCCCGUGGUUUCACCGAGCCCCAGACUUAGUGGCCACCUGCCCCGCUGGGUCGUCACCUAGCAACGUACAAGGAGGAUCUCGCUCUGUUUGCCAAACUAGACUGUCCUCCAAGAGUACUUAAACAGUGACCGGACAAGCGACCACCACUGGACUGAUGACCUUACUCCCAGACUCCUUGGAGUCAGUUUUGAUGACUCACAGUGUUGUUUGUGGAUAAGUUAGUGAAGUUUAGCAAUGAGAAAAAUGCAAUAACAGCAUGAGGAGCUUCAAGUGUGUGUCCCUCUGGAUGCUUGCGGGGAAUUCAGAUGUUUGUAAAUGUAUGUAUUUGUGUGUAUUUUAAUGGGAAUACUUUAGUUAUGAAUGUAGUAACAAGUAAGUAAAAGCUAAUAGGUAUGAAUGAAAAUUCAGCAAAAUGACAAAGUAAUAUAUUUUUUGUGGUAAGACCUUCUUCUUACUGGCUUCAUUUAGUGUAUGAGCAGGAUGUGUGCUGUUGACUUUGGUACUGUAGAGAAGAGGGGUGCCAAAAAUCAACGGAGGCACUUAAUUUUCUGAAACCGCACAAAUAUUAAUUUAUGUGUACACUUUGAUAAUAAAAUCUUGUGGAUACUU